GAAGUCUUUUGUCUGUCUAUAUAACGAAAAUGAUUCGAACUUAUCAUUUCCCUGAGAAACUGUUUGACAGUUUAUGGACAUAGUUUAUCUUGAAUAUCCUACAUGCAUCUAUCUAACAACAAUAGUUCUAAUUUCAUAAAUCCUAUCAAUAAUAUCCCCACGGUUUCAUCCUCAUAUGGGAAUAUCAGCACUGUGCAAUCAUCACCAAAGGCUUUACCUCGAAAUCAACACACUGAAGCUUCUACACAAGUAUUUCAACGUAAUAAGUUGGAUUCUGAUAAACCUGCUUCGAAUUUGCUACCAACGUCCUAUUUAAGACGGUUAUAUAAAUUAAGUUCCAACAAAAAUAACGAUGAAACAGGUGUGUCGAACUGUAACAAUACACAGGAUUUCAAAGACAUUCAUACCAGUAAUAAAAAUGAAAUAAAUCUCCAAAAUUCAAGAACCAAGAUGUUUGACGGAGUCUAUCUUUCAGUAAAUCGUAGGACACAGCCAGGAAUUUCGGCAGCAAUUAGAUCACUGUCACAAAAUAUGAAACCGAACAUGAGUCCUAGUAACGGAUUUAUUAAUGAUUUCAACGGUGAUGAUGUUACCAACAAUACUGGUACGACUAAUAUUAAUAUUAAAGAAAAUAGUCAUGAUAAAGUAGUCACUAAUGAUAAAAAUGACAAAUCAGAAGCAUUCAGUUAUUUAACAUCGUACAAUUACCCAUUUCUCUCAAAUAAUCGUUUGUCCCCACAUUUAAGUGGAGUUGAAUACUCUUCUUCGAAGAACAAACGAUAUAGUUAUACUCCUACUUCAUUCACUAAUUACAACCAUGGUAAUAAUAAUUCCAGUAACAGUUCAACACAAACACAAACUAUGAACAAUGAAGACAAUAAUAAAUUCGCAAACCAUUCGCCUGGAGAAACGACCAAAAGUGAUUUGAUUGUGUCAAUCAACUCAACAAAGCCCAAUAAUAGUUAUAAUGAUUUAUCUAUGGCAAACAAUAAUUGUGUUUGUACAGUUAAUCACAAUAACAGUAAAAAUAACAAAUACUCAUCUUUAUGUUUACCAACAAGCAAUUAUGAUACAUUAUUUAAACGUAGUUCAUCUGCAUCACCAUAUAGGCCAUUAGCAAAUUAUCAUCCAUCUUCAUCACCUUUAUCUACUCGUAAAAUGUUAUCUAAUGAAACACUAUAUAAUAGUAACGUAAAUCAUCAUGACGGUAUAACACCUAAAUCAAAAUAUUUCGAUUCUAAAAUUUCGGACAAUAACAGUAAUAACGUAUAUCGUUCAUCAAGCAAUGGAACAACAGCUGGUACACAAACGUCAGCAACUACACUGGUACCCAAAAAUUCACUAACAACAUUGUCGUCAGUGGGUCGCAACGAGGUUAGUAAUGGAACUAGAUAUGGAAAUAAAAAUAACAACUUGCCACCUAGAUCAGUUAAAGCUAAACCGUCAUCCUGUGCAAAGCAGCUUAUUGAUGAAGCAAGCGUGGAAGGAAACAAUAAAGAGCCACAAGAACACCAUGAAUAUGGUAGAACAUACUAUAUAGCACGUCGACCUCAAGUUAUACAGUCUACUUACCAAAAAUAUUUACCACAUGCAUUAAAUAAUGAUCGUACUCUUUCUUUUACUAAUAUUUAUUAUCCCAAAACUGAUAUUACCGACGAUAAUAUAGAGUUUAGGGACAAAACAACCGAUAAAACAAUGAACAGACUACCAGAUGUUUUGAAACCAAAUUCAUAUCUUUCAAACAGCACUUUAGCUUCGCAUAAACGAAAUUCAGUGUCGUUAACUUCGCUACCAAAUGAAAUUGGUUCUUUACCUCAGUAUCCAACUGAUGAUCAUCAUUUUGAAAAUUAUUUUAAUAACAGCCUCAUUGCUAAUCGCAAUAAUUUUGAAAGUUACUCUCCGAUUCACUAUCGAAACAACUACACUUCAUAUAAUUCCCCGCGUAAUGUUCAAAAUGAUCAAAAUCGACAGUCCCAACAAACAAAUCAUUCUACAAAAUAUACUCAUUAUUACCAUGGUAAUCUCGAAGCUUUCCGAUCAUUUAGUAAUAGUCCAGAAAUAGGAAGAAAAUCUUCUGAAGGUUCUAUCAUGUUACCUUGCAGAAGCUACAAUGAAAACAUGAAUAUGAUAGCAUCAAAUUCAAAUCUUCAGCCUUGUUUGUCUGCUUCAUCACCACUCAAAAGAAAACCGUAUCAAGUUUCUUUCAAUCUUGAUAGAAACAUGUACAUCGAAUACCCUUAUUCAGAAUCAUUAACUUCAUUAGUUCAGUGCAAACGUGUACCAGGUUACAUAAGUUCAAGUGGAGUUACUCCAGGAGAAACGAAUGCAAACUAUAGAGCAUCACCAAAAUAUCCAUUCAAUUGGAGCAAUGAAAAUGGGAUAACCACAAUUGGGAAAGUUAUAAAUGGCUAUGAUACUGAAUAUUCCAAACAAAUUAAUUAUCCACCUAGUUUAUACACUUCAAGGCCUACUAAACCAAAGAAUAAUCGUUAUUCAUCACCUCCACCACAACCAAUUUUAAAUCAUGAUGAGGAUAACAAUAAUGUUAACUAUAAUACAAGUGAGCAGACUGCCAUUAUAGAUAAUUUUACACCGAAUAGUUAUAUUGCACCUAAACCAGAAAUCCGUUUUAUCGAUACAAGUUUAAGUUCGCCAGCAAACUACAGUUCAAACGGAAUUUAUCAUUCAAAUACAAAUAAACUACCAGUGUUUGGAAAAUCCCUAAACAGCUUGAAAGUGCUUCUGCCUAAGUCUACACAUCGUUUCAGCGCAAAUAGUAAUGGCGCUGGUAAUGCUAAUCUAAAUGGUGGCAAGUCAUUAUUCAAACAAACUGAGCAACAAGAUUCAGUCAAUACAAGGCAUAGUUCAGCAAUUGAUAUUUUGAAUCAAAGAUCAUCAUUUUGUUCGUAAUUCUUUGUGCCAAUUAUUUUUAUGGAAUAAAACUUUGUUUGAAUGAAUACCGCCAAUUCUAUAAAAAAUUAAUACGCGAAUAUCGAAAGUUAUAUCGUAUGUUGCUUUCAUCAAUGUCCAGGACAAAACUUUAUUUCUAUAUAGAUAUAUCACCUAAAUGCAAAAGCAUGUAUAUAAUUCUUCAUGCUAUAAAAUCAGACCUUUUCAAACUUUUUAAAUUUUGUUUUAACCACAAAAUAUCUUGAGGGAUUGGUAAAUGGGUGCCAAGAUUAGUUGAAUUUCACCUGUUUAGAUUAUUUAUUGCUCUAUUAAAUCAAAUUUCAAAUGUUUUGAUAAUUUUAAAUAUAAUUGUUGUACAUUUUGAAUAGUGACGUUUUUUUGAUGAUUGAUGGUUAUGAGAUUUCAUUUUGUUUUGAUUUGUGUCCUUCAUGUUCCCCUAAAUCAAUAUGUUAACUGAUCUUAUUUUUUGAAUAUUUUUGAGUAAAAUUGAAAGGAAUUUUGAAGUUGAUGAUAAUUCAUACUACUAAAUCAGAAAAUGCGUAUACUUUAAUAGUUUAUAUGGUUGUUAACAUUCACUAUAAAGAUACUAUUUACGCUUGCAUUCCAGUUAUUUGCAAACUUUUUUAAAAAUUGUUCAUGAAAUUAAAAUAAUACUGACUACAGGCUAGUAGUAAGAUGCUACAUUACUCAAAUUGGCAUUUUAAUCUGAAAGUAUUUCAGAAAAGUGCAAGACGUUGUCAUCACUUAAAGUUUAUGCAGGAAUGAAGUGAUAAGAUUUUGUUCGAAUAUUAAUAUUCAUUAAUUUCUCGUAAACCAAACUUGGCUCUCUAGUGUCCAG